GGAGGGUGGGGGGUGCUGUCAUGGCGGCGCUGGUAGCAGCCAGGCGGCGAGCGGCAGCUUUCUUGUUUUCAUCUGUGGUUCGCCUCCAGAGCUCCCAGAGCACAUCCCUACAGGAAGGGAUUGUUGCCAAAACGUCUCUGACUUCACCCCCAUGGCCUGAAGUGAAAUUGCCAAAUCCAGUGGAAGAAGCAAAGCACCAUGCAGAAGUGGUACAAAAGGUGAAUGAGAUGAUUGCAACAGGGCAAUAUGGGAGGCUCUUUGCUGUGGUCCACUUUGCCAGCAAACAGUACAAAAUAACCAGUGAAGACUUAAUUAUGAUGGACAAUGUGCUGCAGGCUGAAUGUGGAGACCGAAUCCGGAUGGAAAAGGUUUUGCUGGUUGGUGCUGAUGAUUUCACGCUUAUCGGAAGACCACUCCUGGGGAGAGAUCUUGUCCGAGUGGAGGCUACUGUGAUUGAAAAGACGGUGUCGUGGCCAAAAAUCAACAUGCGCUUUCGGAAAAGGCAGAAUUAUCUAAGGAAAAAAAUUAUCACGAACCCACAGACCGUCCUCCGGAUAAACACCAUAGAAAUUUUCCCCUGUUUGUCGUGAUUGAUUGGUCGGAUGUCGUGUGGCUCAGGCUUAUUACUGCUUUAGGCAAUUACAGAAAUAAAACUGCCUCAGCGUCGUAAAGUUCUGGACUUCUUGCUAUUGUCUGAAGUGGAAAUCUAUAUGUAAUUUCUUUUUAAAAAGCAAAAUGAAAUAUUUUUUUGUUAACUGUUA